GGAUUUCAUCCGCGUUUAUUUGACCAAAGGACUAUCCACGUUAAAUGAGUGCAUCCAAAAUCCAUCCGCCGUAGCCGUAAUCCUGGGCAACAUGAAUUUUAUCAGAAAAGAAAGGCGCUUCCGCUUUAGCGUUCUAUUUGCAAGACCGUUCGGAAGAAUGCACGAUCUAGAAACAUUGGAAUUUUCCGAUAUAAAUGAUGCCAAGGGAUGGGUUCGAUUCGUUGUGUUAGAUCGACGAGACGGAAUCGAAUUAUCAAUAGCAACGCAUUGGUUUGCCAAAAAAUUGUUACCAUACAGCAUAAGCAAAUUUGACGAAAACACGCUCACACCAGAGACAUAUAAUGCGUUCGUCGAGGGGAUAUUGAGCGACGGAUCGGACGUUAAGAUUGAACCAAACGAAGAAUCGUUUCCGAAAGAAAAUGGCAAGCAUCCGGAGUUUAAGACGAAUGACAAAAAUGAUACAUCUUCCGAAAUGGAAUCUUCACCCGAACAUGGAGAAUCACCAACAGAUCAAAAUUCCGAAUUUUCAGAUAAUAGUAAGUCUUUGGACAGAGAUGCGACCAAAGACGAAAUCUCCUCACCUGUGAAUAAAAUGAGCGAAAUUAAAAACGUUUCCAAAGGAACGUUGCCUCUUCCAGAACCAACAAUCUCGGAAACAUCAUCCAUGUCGGAUCUUUCGCCAUCUGCUCAACAAGUGUUUCCAUCGCCUGUUGUUAAGGAAGAAGUAGGUCAAGUGGUGUCCGGUGAAUUCGAAGCACAGGAUAAUUCGAGCAACCAAGUUCAAAUUAAGGUUGAGGAGCAAGAUGAAAGUUUAAUAGAGAUUAUUGAAACGCCAAAGAAGCGUCAUAGGAGGACGCAACGGGAAACAUACGCAUAUCUGAACCAACUUCCCAAACGACGCACCAGACAGCAAUCACAAUCAGAGUGGAACUUGUCAGCAGAGAUCGUGGCGUCUUCAUCGUCGCCAUCGCCGUCACCAAAGACCCAGAUAGAAAAAUCACGAGAAGAUAAUUAUCCGCAAAGUAAUGAGAGAAAUCAUAUUCGCAAUCGUGGAAACAGCGUCAGGGGUCAGGAGCUCAACAGAGGAACAGGAGGCUACCGUAGGGGGUCAUCUCGCGGCAUGAGACGCGGACGAGGUAGAGGGCGCGGUAGAGAAGCCUCAAAAGUAUUGGUUGGCACUCGAAGAUCCGAACGUCAUGCUAGCAAGAGAACUAAGAUAGAAUUUGUGAAUGAAUAUGGUCUCGUGACGCACAUUAAAACGGAGGAAGUAGACGAACACAUUCACACGAGUGAAAUAUCUGAUGGUAAGUCUGACGACCGGGGUACGAUGGAAUUAGACCAACCAACCACCGAGAAUGAAGAUGAAACAUCAUGGAUUUCGUCCGAAGUAUUUGAUGUUCAAAGUGAAGAUGAUAAAGAAAGUAACGUGGGCAGCAGCGGUAGCAGAGCAGUGACUAACCCGCGAACAUCAGAGCCGAAAGGUCUUUGGGAUAGCAUUAAAAACAGUAAGUUCACACCAUACUUAGCUAGCUACCUUAUGUCUAUUACUAUUACAAUCAUAACCACAAUCUUUAUCACAGCGUUAUUUGGAUGGUCACCUUUCGGAAGCGGUGGAAGAUAA